AUGUGCUUGUGCCUUUGGGAUAUUUGCUUAAUUGUUUUAUCAGUAUUUUUCCCACCGUUACCGGUAUGGAUUUGUCGAGGUAUAUGUUCGUAUGACUCGUUGAUCAAUAUUCUAUUAAUGUUUCUAGGCUAUUUCCCAGGCUUAAUACAUUCAUGGUAUAUUAUUGCCAAGUAUCCACCAUAUUAUAACCAUGAAGAAUCUAGAGUGUACUUUGUCUAUAGAAGUGAUUUAGAGAAUCAAACACCAGCUGAGCCAGGAAGGGGUCCCCGAUGUACCCGUCCUCAUCGUGAUGAAAAUACCAGGAGUAUUGCACAGGAGCCUCAAAGUCAACCUCUGUUUAAUUAUGGGGCCGUUGGUGAAGGUGGCAGCGGUAGUGGAACUAGUAACAUCAAUGAUGGUGCGUCUAGACAAGUUUUUGGUCCUCCUGCUUAUAGUGAGCUAGAUAAUAAGCAACUGCAAUAG